AUGAGCUCGUCAGACGAACAAAACUACGAGCCCGGUGACUCUGGCGACGAUCACAGCUCGUCAGAGCCUGCGUCUUCUUCGUCUGAGUCGUCCUCUCCGGCUCCUCACGUCCGAAGAGGGCCAGGCCGCCCACGCAAGAACGCAGACCCUGGCGUCGCCUCUGGGCCGAGAAGGCGAGGUCGCCCGCCCCAAGAUGCCACCACUGCGCCAGUCACCGCGUCCGUCAUGCCCGGCCCUGCGCCCGGCUCUGCUGCCUCUGCGGUUGCCACUGUGACACCGGCGCCAGCUACUGUUCCCGCCAAGAGAGGGCCUGGUCGCCCACCCAAGAACCCACAAGCUUCGCCGAAACCCAAACGCCCCGUUGGCCGCUCCCCAAAGCAGGCUCCAGUUUUGAAGUUGUUCAAAGGCACCGGCCAAAACGUACACAGCAUGCUGCUGGAAUCUGCGCAGGCAAUACAAAAUGCACAACACGAGGGCAAAAAGGCGAUGAAGCGCCGAUUUCCAGGAGCUGGCGGGGAGCUUAAUAAAGUCAUCUAUGCCCUCGAACUUGCAAGCGACCCCCGAUGGUCAGAUAAAGACGACCAAAAAUUUCUUGCCGAGUACCAACCAGCUGUGGCCGGGUUGAAGGAGCUUUUAGAGCCCGCCAGUAACAAGUCCACCCAUACCGAGUUAUCAAAGCUCUACAAUAUCUGCUGGCGAACGCUCGGUGAGCUACCUUGUACGCUACUCUCGGCAAAGUACAACCUUGUAGCUCAUAAAAGAACAACCGUCGAGUUGCAGACAACCAAUGGACCGGUAGAAAUCACUUCACCACUUUGGCCCUCAUCGUACUGUAGCCAUUUGGAGCAUUUAGUGGUUUACCAGCGUUGGGCAGGGAAGCCAGAUUUGUUGGCCGUUGCUCUGCAAUUCGCUGUCAUUUCUCGUACCGGUGAUACACGUCCAUGGCGCAUAAAUCCGACCGCGGGUUUUCGUGCCGAUAGCUUCUUGCUGGAGACAUUAUCGAAAGCCUCCCCUCAACCACCUAUCGCACUUGUGCGACGUCUUGUUGAUCAUCACAAGCCACUGACCCAAUUCUGGCCGUGCAUGCUUGACGAGCUUCUUCGCUUCAGACCAGACACUGCAAGCCCACGCGUGGACAACCUCGAAUAUCAAGUCCAGCAAGUCAACCUAAAAAACCUAGCCAAAGCCAUUGGUCGAGUAGAUGCCACCAUUCCCUGGGCGUUCAACCUGACGUUACCUGCCUCCGCGACCUAUGCACAUCGAACCAUCUCCAGAAAAGACGCGCCCUCGCAUGAGGAUUUGCCCGAUAUCUUAUUCAAGGGCGUCUACGGUCAUAUGCGUGAACAAGCCCUCGCCAUGCGCCAGCCUGUUGAUGUUGAUAUUGAGAUGGCAAAUACGGGUCACGUCCAGAAUAAUACCUUUGGAAACGAAAACGACGAUCCCCCCUCCGCCUCUGGCAAUCAUGCCCCUGGUGCCGAUCCCGCCCAUGAUGCCACCGAUCAUGCCUCCGAAGAUGACUGGUUCACGCCCCAGGAAGACGACGACUUCGGUGCCUCUCCCGACCGCGAUGCUCCAGACAACCGCGAUGCCUCAGACAACCCUCCUUCAGAUGGUGCUCUACAUACCUCAGCUGGGCCAACCAAACAAGGCUUGGGGAGGAAGAGAGGUGCAGAGCAGAUUAGCGCUGUAACCGACCUCUCGCAAACCAAUAAGAGGAUUGCCAUACGGACGACACGCGGACCUAGCUCAGAGGUGUCAGAUUCUCAAGAGCGUCCGGUUUCCGCGACACCUGAGAUCGCCGAGCUUUCGAGGACCCAGAUCUCCCCGGAAUUGGAAGGACCGCGUUGGCAGACAAGCCCCAAGUUGGAUCAUCCCGUGGAGGAAGGCCAAUUUUCUCAACAAAUGUCUGUCGAAUCUGCAGGGAAUUCUAACGAGGGGGACAGAAUAUACAAUGGCUAUAAAACAGAUGAGGUUUCGUGA